AUGGACAUCACUGGAAAUGCAUUUGUUACCGGAGGAGGCAACGGAAUUGGGAAAGCCUCUUCUGUAGCUUUGGCAAAGGAGGGAGCUAAGGGCCUCCUCGUGGCAGACAUCAACCUCAAGGCUGCCGAAGAAACCAUCGCAGAAGCUACUGCUGUUGCUACUAAUCCUAGUUUCCGUGCCGAGGCAAUUCACCUUGAUGUCACGAGCGAAGAAUCGGUCAAACAAGCCGUUGCCAAAAUGAUCGAGUCUUUUGGCCGUAUUGACUACUGUGUACACUGCGCAGGAACCGGAUUAUGGUCAUAUCGGACAGUUGACGAAGCUAGCUUCGACGAGUUGAAGAAAUCCCUCGCCGUCCAUGUCCACGGGACCUUCCUUAUAACCAGUCUGAUCUCAGCGGUCAUGAAGUCGCAAGAACUAGUGACAGUCGACUCUGCUCAUCCAGAGCGAGGCGGGACUCGUGGUUCAAUUGUCCUCCUAGGCUCAUCAGCAUCCAUAUUCCCAAUCCCUAAAUUAGUGCCAUAUACUGCGUCGAAGCAUGCUGUGCUGGCAAUUGCCAAGACGGCUGCUAUGGAAAGCGGCGUUCAUAAUAUCCGAGUGAACUGUAUCUGUCCUAAUUGGACUGAUACGCCUAUGCUACGGCACACAUUGGAGAUAUCCGAGGAGAUGAGUGUCGAAUCGCUCUUGGCUACUAUACCGACCAAACGGCUUUGCACAGCUUAUGAUAUUGCCGACGCCGCACUUUUCCUGUGCAGCCCGAGGUCAUGUUAUAUAACAGGAGUUGCUUACCCGGUUGAUGGUGGUAUGGCGCUUACCUUGAAGACUUGA